CAGGUGAGAGAUGUGAGUGGAAAGCAACUGAUUCUCCUGGGACAUUUCUGGUUGCUGAGAAGUCUAAUCUGCCAUCAUAAUUCAGCUGCCCUCUCACCAUGCCUUUUCCAUGUCGACUGCGGCCUUCCUGGAUAGACUGCUCGAUGCUCAUUCUUGCCCUCUACCCUAUGCAAUCAUGGUCUCAUACAUCAGAGUUUUCCGCUGAAAUGUUACUGCUAAAAAUUCUGGAAAAAUACGGAGCGAACGGAUCACUCACAGUGGAGCAGCUAAAGAACACUUUCCAAAUGAGUCUCAACCUAAACACAGAAACUCGGAUCGCAAGGACCCACCCUGAUAGCAACUCUGUUAAAGAAAAUUCUUCAAGGUGUUUGUCCCAUGCGGAGAUGCUCACAUUAAGCAGUCUGAGCAAUCAGAGCGGAUUUUCCCAGCAGCGGCUUGAGGAGCUGUGCCCAGCCCUCUCAGACAGUGAGGUGUGUAGUGCUGAGCCCUCUGCGGACUCGGCCUACCGGGCCACUGAUAAGCCCUCUCCUGCCGAAGUGUGGGGCUUUGGCCUGCUGAGUGUGACGCUCAUCAGCCUUGCCUCCUUGAUGGGGGUGGCUAUCGUCCCCUUCACCAAGAAACCCUAUUUUGGCCGCAUUCUCACCUUCUUUAUUGCGCUCGCCAUUGGAACCCUGUUCUCUAACGCCGCCUUGCAGCUACUGCCAGAGUGUGGGGCUAUGGGUUCCUGUGUGUCACCAUCAUCUCCCUGUGCUCCCUGGUGGGAGCAAGCGUGGUGCCCUUCAUGAGGAAAAAAUUCUACCGCCGGCUGCUCAUGUACUUCAUAGCUUUGGCUAUCGGGACACUGUAUUCCAACGCUCUCUUUCAAUUGAUACCCGAGGCUUUUGGGCUGGAUCCAGUCAAGGACGGCUAUGUCUACAAGUCGGCGGUUGUGUUUGCUGGCUUCUAUCUCUUCUUCUUCGCCGAGAAGAUUCUCAAGAUGGUGCUGAAGCAGAAAGACGAGAGGCCGCCUAACCGAGCCGAGUGCUACAGCAGCCAGCCAGACCUCGAGGACGGUGCAACCGAGACUCUGAAGGCGAUCGAGGAUGGGACGGAGCACCAGUCCAAUGGGAACCCCCUCCACCCUGCGGGGGGAGGCCAUGGGCAUCACACGCACGUCACCCACGAGCACGCCAACGAGGUCAUGCUGAGCCGCUCCCUCUCUGUGCAGGAGGCGCAGGUGUCGCAGGGCAUGUGCUACUGGCUCAAAGGGACACGCUACUCGCGCAUCGGCACGCUCGCGUGGAUGAUCACCCUGAGCGAUGGGCUGCACAACUUCAUCGACGGCUUGGCGAUCGGAGCCUCGUUCACGGUGUCCGUGUUCCAGGGCAUUAGCACGUCCAUCGCCAUCCUAUGCGAGGAAUUCCCGCACGAACUGGGUGACUUUGUGAUUCUGCUGAAUGCCGGAAUGAGCAUACAGCAAGCACUAUUCUUCAACUUCCUGUCGGCGUGCAGCUGCUACUUGGGGCUCGUGUGCGGCAUCGUGGCCGGAAGUCACUUUGCCCACAAUUGGAUAUUUGCGCUGGCAGGAGGCAUGUUUCUCUACAUCUCCCUGGCUGACAUGUUCCCAGAAAUGAACGAGGUGAGCAAAGAGGACGGGGAGGAGAAGAACAACCUCGUCACCUUCGGAAUUCAGAACCUUGGCCUUCUCACGGGCUUCUCAAUCAUGCUGCUCCUCACAAUCUACUCGGGGAACAUCGGGCUCGGCUAGAGUUGCGCGCACCCCCGCGCUCACUCUGCAAUGGUUUCCUCCCCUGUGUCGCCAGUGCUGUAGUUGCCUGUCCUCUGUGGGUUGUUCUUAGGGAUCUACUUCUACCGGUUACAUUAAACAAACCUGGCCCACUUUUGGUGUGCACUCCCACUCUCCUUCCAUUUUCGAGCGCAAUCAAAAUGUCUGUCUUUCAUCAAUACUGUGUGUGUGUGCAAUACGGUUUGUGAUGGUUGUUGAGACUUUGUGUGGAAGGUUCUUUAGAUAAUAAACUAUGACAGUA